AUGAUGUCGAGAGAAUCGGUUGCGCCGGCGAUGCCAGAGUCGGACCUGGUCGCGUCGUAUGCGUCGACGUGCGUCUCGACGACGUGCGAGCACCGACUGCCGGCGUCGCGAGCCGAGAUCCUUCGCGCCGACGUCCGCCUGCCCAUCGGCAUCGUCAAGCCGACGAAAGAUCACGUGGUCUUUGUACUGCGCGUCCACGACGACGGCGACUGCUACGGCGUCGAACAGACGUGGUCGGCGUUCAUCGCCUUGCGAAACGAGCUCCUAAUCGCGCUUGCGCCUGGCCACCCGUGCCAAGGCGUCUGUCCGUGGCUCUGGGAAGACCUCCGACACAACUUUGACUUUCCGACGCACAAGAAGCUCGGGUUCCUGGAAUGGUGGAACAUUCGCCUCCAGCGCCACACGCCGGCGACGAUCGAGAUCUUUCGCAGCCACUUUCAGCAGCUUUUAGAUUCCCUCGUGACGCUGCUGUGCCAAACGCGCAUCCACUGCGAGCGCUUCCAAUGUGUCUACGCCGUUGUCGCGCGUUUCUUGACCGCCGACCCCAUAGAAGCCAUGCAGUGUGUGAGUUAAUCAAGCGACUCGUG